AUGGUCGCUUUGAGACACAGAUUAGAGCAGGAGCAACAGACACUGGAUUGCAUCACUCAGAAUUCAGACUUCUACAGGGUUGUCUUGGAGCGUGAAGUUCUUUGCACAGCUAUAGUGGCAAACAUGGAUAGGUUGAGAGAACCUUUGGAGGAACCUUUGCCGAAUUCGUAUGAUGAAUUUUAUGAACAAGAUGGAGACAAACAGAAGGCCGUGUUCUUGACGAGCAUCGGAGGGACGACCUACAUCCUAUUGAAGAACCUAGUAAGACCGCGACUGCCGCAAGAUCUCGAGUUGGAGGCGCUGAUUGACGUGCUAAAGAGGCACUACCAGCCCAAAGUAGUCGUCAUAGCGGAGCGAUUCAAGUUCUUCAAAAGGCAACAGCGAGAAGAGGCAGACCUUACAUUAGAGAGGGCUCUGCAAAUAUUACAUGCAUUCGAAGCAGCGAGACAGGAGACUAAGGUUCUUCGUGGGUGUGCGCCACAAGGUCCGCCCACUCUGAAGUCUGAGACCGCGUACAUUGUUCGGAAAGACACAACAGGUGUCAAUACGAAAACCACUAAACACGGAAGUGGUGUCGAACAAGCAUGUCACCGAUGCGGAACGAAAGGGCAUACGCCACGGAAUUGUGGAUUUAAUACACAAACGUGCCAUUUUUGCAAGAGACAGGGGCAAAUUUGUAGAGUAUGCCGGAAGAGAAUGCAGAGUAGAGAUUCCAAGCACGCAACACGUGGAAAGGGGAAGCCCCGAACUACCCAUCACGUAGACGAGGAAUCGCUUAGUGUUGUUUAUAGUAUCUCGGACAAGAGAGGUGUUACAGUGGAAAUGUAUGUGGCUGGAAGACAGAUAGAGUUAGAAAUCGAUACCGGAGCAACAGUUACGGUUAUUCCCACUAGUACAUAUCAGAAGUACUUGAAACAUAUACAGUUGCGCCCAACUACCACCAGAUUGCACGUGUACAAUGGACAGCCCUUGAACGUGCAAGAAGAAGCGGAAGUUCCUGUAAGGUAUAAGGGACAGCAAGUAAAUGUAAAUUUUCAUGUGGUAAAAGUGAAGAACAAGACCGCCAUCCUAGGCCAACAUUAUGUUGAAUACGGAUGCCAAACCAAGUUUCAUCGACCCAGACCGAUUCUAUAUGCCUUGCAUACUAAGGUCGAUGCUGAACUCGAACGGAUGCGGAAGGAAGGUAUCCUGAAACCAGUAGAGAAGAGUGAAUGGGCAGCACCCAUCGUGGUAGUUCGAAAGGGGGAUGGAAAUGUUAGAAUAUGUGGCGACUACAAGGUCACCAUCAACAUCUAUUUUGAUUUGGAUCAAUAUCCGAUGCCGAAUCCAGAUGACUUGUUUUCAACCUUAGCAGGAGGGAAGAAAUUUUCUCGUUUAGAUCUCAAACAGGCCUAUCAACAGAUGUUAGUAGACCCCAGAAGUCAGCAAUACCUAACCAUUAAUACACACAAGGGCAUGUUUACGUACACAAGGAUGCCAUUUGGCAUAAGCUCAGCACCCAGUAUAUGGCAACGAGCUACAGAUAAGGUUCUAUCAGGACUGGACGGAGUCAUCUGCUACCUACAUGAUAUUCUAAUAGUGGGCAACAGUGAUGAACAGCAUAACCAAAGAUUAUUCAAGGUCUUGGAAAGACUGAACCAAAUCGGAAUUAAGCUAAAAAUGGAAAAAUGUGACUUUGGCAAGUCUAAGGUAGAAUAUUUGGGGCACGUGGUGAGUGCAGAAGGCAUAUCCCCAUCUCGGAGUAAGAUGGAAGCGAUUCAAAAUGCACCUGACCCUAGUAACGUGACUGAAUUGAAGGCUUUCUUGGGACUUCUAAAUUAUUAUGGGAAGUUCUUACCAAAUUUUUCAUCGACAUUACAACCACUAUAUCUUAUUGAAGAAACAGCAACGUUGGAAGUGGUUGAAUCAACAGAGAAAGGCAUUCCGCCCAUCAAGUCAAGUUGUGAUGCUUCACCAUAUGGAGUAGGAGCGUGUCUAAGUCAUGUUAUGCAAGAUGGCACUGAACGCCCAGUCGCAUUUGCAUCACGAACACUAGCUCCAGCUGAGAAGAAUUAUGCUCAUUUAGAAAAAGAGGCCCUAGCCUUGAUUUAUGGAGUAAGACACUUGCAUAAAUACCUGAUGGGAAGGAAAUUUACGCUAGUAGCCGAUCAUCGACCGCUACUGAGGAUUCUAGGAGCUAAGGAAGGAGUUCCUACGCUAGCAGCUGCACGACUGCAGCGCUGGGCACUCAUAUUAAGUGCGUACAGCUAUGAGUUAGAAUACCGGGGAGGGCAGGAAAACAAGAAAGCUGAUGUAUUGUCUCGACUUUCUAUACCAGUAGAAGUGAUUGAUCCAAAUGAACAAAUCUUUGGAGUGGAUUAUUGUGAACCAUUGCCAAUGACUGCCAAAGGGAUUGCAAAGGCAACCCAAUUGAAUGUGGUGCCAAGGAGAGCAUAUCAAUAUACUCGAUACGGAUGGACUACCAGAGAUGUUGACCAAUCCUUACAACCAUUUGCUAAACGUGCUAAUGAGUUAUCGAUUGGAGGUGGCUACUUAUUGUGGGGCAGCAGAGUGAUCAUCCCAGAGGAAUUGAGAAAGACCGUAUUAGCGCAGAUACAUGAGGGUCAUCUAGGGACCAGCAAAAUGAAGGCCUUAGCCAGAAGUUAUGUGUGGUGGCCAAACCUGGACAGGGAUAUAGAAGAUUUGACAAGAUCAUGUGAACAGUGUCAAAACCAGAAGAGUAGACCAAGUACUACUAAACCCUCACAUCCAUGGAUCUACCCAACAUCACCAUGGGAACGUGUCCAUGCAGAUUUUGCAGAAUUUGCGGGGAAGCAGUAUUUACUUAUUGUAGAUGCCUUCUCUAAAUGGCCGGUAGUCCACGAACUGGGUAUACAUGCUACUACAGGGCAGACAAUUGCAGCUAUGCGAAGAAGCUUUUCUUGUCAUGGAUUCCCACAGCGACUUGUAACCAACAACGUGCCUCAGUUUAGGGCACAAGACUUCAAGGAGUUUAUGGAGGCCAAUGGAAUCAAGCAUCAACUGACUCCACCCUACCAUCCUGCAUCUAAUGGACAGGUAGAGCGAAUGGUACAAGAGUUGAAAAAGAGCUUGAAGGGUCGACCAGCGGGAAGAUCGAUAAGUCAUCAAGUGUCUUCGUUCCUUCUAUACUAUCGUACGACUCCACAUAUUGCAACAGGCAAAACUCCUGCCGAACUGUUGAUCAAACGAAUACCAAGAACCAAGUUAUCUUUGUUGCGGCCAGAGGUAAGUGACAUUGACAGAGAUGAGCAGAGAAUCAAGUUCGAGGAAGCUACCAAACGAUCAAGACAACUGGAUCCUGGUUGUAAAGUCAGUGUGUGGAAUCCACGUCAAGAUAGUCGUGGUAGGUGGUUGGUGGGAACCGUUGACCAACAGCUAGGAGCAACCAACUAUUUAGUGAAUGUGGAAGGACAUUCCAGGCACGUGCAUAUAGACCAAAUGCGGUGGAGAGAUCAAUGGAGUGUACCAGAAACAGCUGAUGUAAGCGUACCAGAAAUAGAGGUGGAAGAGAUACCAGUACCAGUCAUUCCUGUAGUGAUCACUAAGUUUCUCCCUGCAUUUGCACAGCUUUCAAAGUUUGUGGUACAGCACAUCAUCCAUGAUCACAUGUUUGAUGCCAGUAGGAAAUCAGAGAGACACUGUCUAGGUCUUCUUGAGUUAAAUGAAAACAAACAACAAGACAUGGUCGAGAUAAUGUCUCAUCUCAAUAAAAGAUAUGGUCCAUAUCAGUUUGAUUAUGGUGGCAAUGCCAAAUUUCAACCUUUUGUGCGCUUGCAGUUUGGUGGUGAUCAGCUCACUGCUGAGCGUGCACGAAACUCGAAAAGGGCUGUUAUCAAAGGUCUGGUGCCAUAUCAGAGACUUUAA